AUGUGGUCCUGGCACGCGAAACGGUACUUGGGCGGAGCGCAUGGCGUCGCCGGGAUUCUGAACGUCCUGCUUCAGUGCCCCACUCACGUACUGACCGAAGCUUACGACGAUAUCUGGGACACCGUCGACUGGUUCAUAUCCAUCCAAGACGAAGACGGCAACUGGCCGUCCAAGGCGCCAGCGCACACCGCAUACGACGUGAACGAGCUCAUCCAAUGGUGCCACGGCGCCCCAGGCGUACUCAUGCUCCUCUCGCGCGCCCUCCAGCACUCGUCGGCCGCGCGAUACGCCCGCCGCGUCCCCAGCGCCCUUCGCGCCGUCGACCGCGCCGCGAACCUCGUCUACCGCCACGGCCUCCUCCGCAAGGGCCCCGGCGCCUGCCACGGCACCGCGGGCUCCAUCUUCGCGCUCCUCGCCGCCGCAAGGCUGUAUGCUCAUCGCGCGAUUGCAGUCGAAGAUGGGAGCGGGAAGGGCCGCGUGGAGGGCCCGGGCGGGCUGGAGACGCGCGCGCGGCAGGAGGAGAAGGCAAGGGAAAAUGUGGCGAGGGCGGCGCAUUUGGCGCAUCUGGUGCUGAUGCCGGAGGUGGUGGCGAAGAUGGGGACGCCGGAUCGGCCGCAUAGCUUGUACGAGGGGCUGGCGGGGAUGGUGUGUGCGUGGGCGUCGGUGCUGUUGGCGCUGAGGAGAGGAAGCGAGGCAGAUGAGCGAUGGGGGUUGCCGGGGUUCGAUGAUUUGCAUUGA